AUGUGGUGUUCCGAUUGGGGAAACGGCCAUGGCUACUUUCUCGAUUACGAUUUCGAGAAUCACAAGGAUCACUACAAAGUCCUUGAACUGACCUGCGACGCCUCUGAUGAUGAAAUACGCUCCAACUUUAUCCGUCUUGCUCUGAAGUGGCAUCCGGAUAAACUCAAAGAAGGAGAUUCUGCUACAUCCAAGUUUCAAGAAAUCAACGAGGCUUAUCAAGUAUUGAGCGACCCAUUUACAAGGCGGGAGUAUGACAGUGAAAGGAUGCUUCGUAUGUAUGAGCACAACAUGGAAAUAUUCGACCGGUACAAGGAGCUCAUAUUUACUUGCAAUGGCCUUGGGAUGAAGAAUUUUCUUUGGAAAAGGCAAAACCCUUUUGAUGAAAUCGCUUUCGUCUUCUUCGAUAGAGUUCCAUUGUUUCUAAUUCCGGAUCGGCGAAUUCGAGACCGGGAGCGGGAGGAGGAGGCCAAGGCUCGGGAGAAGGCGCGGGUUGAGAAAUUGGUUGAGCGAGAGCGGGAGAAGGAACUCGACGCCAUUAAAGAACAGUACCUCGGUGGCAAGAAGCCGAAGAAGAGAGUCAUCAGGCCAAGCGAGAAGUUCCGUUUCUCUUUCGAUUGGGAGAACACAGAGGAUACCUCUAGGGAUAUGAACGCUCUCUACCAAAACCCUCACGAAGCUCAACUUCUGUUUGGGAGAGGGUUUCGCGCUGGUAUGGACCGCCGUGAGCAGAAAAAACAGGCGGCCAAGCACGAGAGAGAGAUGCGCGACGAGAUUCGUAAGAAAGACGGCGUUGUAGAGAGACCAGAGGAGGCUGCUGCUCAGAAGGAGCGUGAAGAAGCCGCGGAUACGUAUGACUCGUUCGACAUGAGGGUUGAUAGGCACUGGAGUGAUAAGAGAUUAGAGGAGAUGACUGAAAGGGAUUGGCGUAUCUUCAGGGAAGAUUUCAACAUCUCUUACAAGGGUUCGAGGAUUCCUCGUCCGAUGAGGAGCUGGGAAGAGAGCAGACUCAGUUCUGAGCUUUUGAAAGCUGUGGAGAGAGCUGGCUACAAGAAGCCUUCUCCUAUUCAAAUGGCAGCCAUACCACUUGGACUGCAACAGCGUGAUGUCAUCGGCAUUGCGGAGACUGGUUCUGGUAAGACUGCUGCUUUCGUUUUGCCCAUGUUAGCUUACAUAUCUAGAUUGCCACCAAUGAGCGAAGAGAAUGAAACCGAGGGUCCUUACGCUGUGGUGAUGGCCCCUACUCGUGAGCUUGCUCAGCAGAUUGAGGAGGAAACUGUUAAGUUCGCGCAUUAUCUAGGAUUUAGGGUGACUUCUAUAGUGGGUGGUCAGUCGAUUGAGGAACAGGGGCUGAAGAUAACACAAGGGUGUGAGAUUGUGAUUGCGACUCCAGGUCGUUUGAUUGAUUGCCUUGAGAGGCGGUAUGCGGUGCUGAACCAGUGCAACUACGUGGUCCUUGAUGAGGCAGAUCGGAUGAUUGACAUGGGGUUCGAGCCGCAGGUUGCAGGUGUGUUGGAUGCGAUGCCUUCGAGUAAUUUGAAACCCGAGAACGAAGAAGAAGAGCUCGACGAGAAGAAGAUUUACAGGACAACGUAUAUGUUCAGUGCCACAAUGCCUCCUGGAGUCGAGCGGCUCGCUAGGAAGUACUUGAGGAACCCGGUUGUUGUCACCAUUGGUACUGCAGGAAAGACCACUGAUUUGAUCUCGCAACACGUGAUUAUGAUGAAAGAAUCCGAGAAGUUCUUCAGAUUGCAGAAACUGCUCGACGAGCUGGGCGAUAAAACCGCCAUUGUGUUUGUCAACACAAAGAAGAACGCCGACUCCAUCGCUAAGAAUCUGGACAAGGCAGGGUACCGUGUUACGACCUUGCACGGUGGGAAGUCGCAAGAGCAGAGAGAAAUCAGCUUAGAAGGAUUCAGGGCAAAGAGAUACACCGUUCUUGUCGCGACAGAUGUUGUAGGGCGUGGAAUCGAUAUUCCGGACGUGGCUCAUGUCAUAAACUAUGACAUGCCUAAACAUAUAGAGAUGUACACACAUCGUAUCGGACGUACAGGACGUGCUGGGAAAAGCGGUGUUGCGACAUCGUUCUUGACUCUUCAUGAUACUGAAGUCUUCUAUGAUCUGAAGCAGAUGCUUGUUCAGAGCAACAGUGCGGUGCCUCCUGAGCUGGCGAGACAUGAAGCGUCCAGAUUCAAACCAGGUACUGUUCCUGAUAGACCCCCAAGACACAGCGACACCGUCUAUAUAAACUGA